AUGUCGUCCUCGCUGGGCGUCAUGCAGUUCAUUGCCACCUGCCAGCCGAUGAAGACGGCGACGAGAUGGGAGCGGAUGCAGAUCCGCGCGUUCACUGGGUUUGUGGAGAGCCUGCUGGAGCCGCUGUCGGCAACACUGCCGAGUGACCUCAUCCACUCGUUUGCCGACGGCCGCGUCCUCGCUCUGCUCGCUGCCGCACUGGCGGAUCCCGAGCCGACCGGCAAUCUGCCGCGCGUAGCCGCCAAGAUCACCCGCAUUGCUGCGCUCGACGCCACCAAUGAGGCCAUGGCUGACCUGGCGGGCCUGGGGGUCGACCUCUCGGGCUGCGAAGCAUCAAACUUUGUCGACGGCGACAAAGUGCCCAUCCUCGGCUUUGUCUGGCGCCUCUUUCUCGCGUACUCGUCCAGGCAGGCUGCCGCGCCCGCCGAAGCUUCGGCGCCAGCUGAUGCAGCGGCAGAUGCAUCGGCCAGCCGCGAGCUGUUGGCGUGGAUCAACGCCCAGCUCGGUGUUGAUGCGGCAGUGACCAAUCUGACCAGCGACUGGACCGACGGCCGCGCGUUUCUCGCCCUUUUGGCAGCGCUCGGCAACGUGCCUCCGGACGCAGGAUCGCUGACACCCAUCGCGCGCAUGCAAAAGGUCUUUGACGCCUUUUACGCCCAGUUUGCUGUCCCCAUGCUCCUCGACCCGAGCGACGUAUGCUCGGACGCGCUUGAUGCGAGGUCCAUGCACAUGUACCUUACGCUUGUCCAAGUGGCGGCGGCCAACUCGGCCAAGUCACCCAAGCCGAGUGGCCUGCUCACGCCCAAGCCCGACGCCCCGCACAUUCACAUCCCGGACCUCCCGCCGCCACCGCCGCCGCUGGAAGCCGACUCGAGCUCCAGCUCGGACUCUGACUUGAGCUCCAGCUCGGACGAUGACGACGAUGGCGACGACGAGAUCGCCGCGCUCAAGGCGAAGCUUGCUGCGCGCGAGGCCAAGAUCGCCAAGCUCCGCGCUGCCAAUGCGGCGCUCAAGUGGAAGGCUAUUGCAGUCAAGUCGACAGCCCGCGCAGCAGUCGAGGCCGCUGCCGCUUCCGCCGCCGCCCGGGUGGAGCACGUCCGUGCUGAGGCCGGCCAGACCGAGGCCGAGCUCAACGCCCGCAUCGCCGAGCUCACCGCAGCGCUGGCCGACGCCCGCGACAACGCCGAGGAGAGCACGACCGAGACCCGACUCCGCGGCACGCUGACCGGGCGGCUCAAAGAUGUAUUCCAACUUGUCAAGCGGGUCCGGCACCUCGAGCAUCCGCUCGACGCCGCCGCCGUCCUCGAGCGCGCAUACGUGAGUACCACCAUCGACCUCCUGCCGCCGCCGCUCAUGGCCGGCUGGCUCCGGGUCCCGUCGAUCUUUGGGCACAAGCUCCGCUAUGUCGUCCUCCUCGACAACCUCGCCCUCCACUUCAAGUCGGAGGAUCCCGGGACGCAUCCGUCGUUCGUUCACCGGACCGAUGGCUGCCAGGUCUCGCUGUGUGACUCGGUCAUCACCGUCGUCCGCGAAGACUCCAAGGGCGUGUGGGACUACUCGCUGCCGACCAGCGCCGCGCCGGACGCCGCCGUGCCAUGGAUCGCCGCCUUUGAGCGGGCAUCCAUGUUCUGGAAGGUAUACAAUGACAUCGUCGGUGCCGCCUACCACCGCAACCAGUACCUCGCCUGGACCGUCCAGCGCGAGUCUGACCCCUCGACCCGUCCGCAGUACUCGGACCCCGAGCCUGUCGAUGUGGCGGUGGCCGUCCACCCCAAAGGCCACCACCUCCCAGCCGUGAUCGCUGGCCUCCAGGCGUAG